AUGUCACUACAAAUAUCACAGCCAUCUGGUUCGACAACAGUAUCUCAUCAAAAAUCCGCUAGUAAUGUUUCUGAUACAGAUGAUAUCGAUACGAAGCAAGACGGGGAUGGGAACUGCACAUGGAAGGAGACAUUAACUGAUAGUCGAACAGAUACUCCCUUGUCAAAACCAUUCACAACUGACAUUUGUGCAUGUGAUGAUGAAAACUCUGGGUGA